AGCUUGCAUCGAAGAUAGUCAAGUUAAAGAAGGACGUUGGGGAAAACUGGAUAUGUUUUGAUGUAUUUUAUUUAAUGUUAAAGUCAGAAAUGUAUCACAUGUAACACCUAUUACUGCGAGGGGAUACGGCAAUUCUCCUGGGCAAAAGUCAAAAAGUGGAAUGCAUGUCUGCAUAGCUGAUCCCCUUCAUGCUGCCGUCUGAAGAGCUUGUGCAGGGGAAGAGCAGCAAGCAUGGACGUGGAAGACUUUCCUCCCCCACCUCCAGAAAUAUUGGCAGGCAAUGCUUCCUUUGCCGAAGAUGAAGAUGAGGGGGAAGCCUUCAACUUCGAUGACAGUGGUGAUGACAUCCCAGAGAAUGAAUGCCCGCUUCCUGCACCUCCGGUUUUUUUAGCGGCAAGCAGUAAGGAUCAGAGCCAGGAUGACAGUGUAUCCAGUCACCCUGAGGGUAGCAAAGCCAGCACAGAUCCCCACCCCCCAGCAUCUCUCACCACUACCGACACAACUCCAUCACCACCAGACGUAGCAGUUGCCAUGAGCAGAUCCUCUACAGCAGGUGGGGCAACAUCAGAAGGAGAGGGGACAUCUGCUGCUGAGGGGAAUGAUGACAAGGAGACUGAUUUACCACCACCCCCACCUCCUCUUCUUGAUGAGGACACAGCAAGAGAUCGUGGAAAAACAGGCAGUGAUGGCCAGGACAUGUCCAGUGAGGCCGUGCCAAAGACAACCUCCUCCCAGGGAAAAGUCAACCCCUACUCGGUGAUUGACAUCACUCCCCUCCAACUACAGCAGCUGGAGCAGCAGCAUGGUGUGUCCUCUUUGACUUCCUCACCAGUGGAGCCUAAGGAGCGAGAAGUCCAGGAUAUCCACUCUGGCCCUGGUGGCAUUACUUCAGGAUACUCAGUCCCAGUGCCUUGUGGCUAUGCAACCCCCUCUGGUGUCCCACUCAUCACACCAGCUUACACCACGCCCGUCAUUAUUCGACACCUCUCCAUGGAUGAGGACGUUACAGUGGUCGGGAGUGGAGGUGCUUCUGUUGACAGUGUUUUUUGUGAAGAGUAUCCACCCAUCAGAGAAGAGGAUGCUUUGGCUAAAUGGGCGUCAGAUCCUGCCAACACAGCAUGGAUGGAAAACCCAGAUGAGGUGAUUUACGAUGAUGUGCCGAGAGAGAACUCUGACUCCAACACAGACCCUGAUGAGAUGAUCUAUGAUGAUGUGGAGUUUGGUGAGGAGGGUGGAUGCAACAGCUCCAUUGAUAAUGGCUGGAGCUCCAGUGAGUUUGAAAGCUACGAUGAGGCCAGCGAUGGGGAGGGGCGAUCUGAGAAUGGCCUGCCCCAUGCCUUUAUGAGGGGGAAGCCUCCCCAGAGAAAGACCCAUCUCUCUCAAGAUCUGACACGCUUGAAAGAACACUAUGAGAAAAAGAUGAAAGAUCUAAUGGCAAAUACAGUGGGGACGGUAGAGCUACAGCAGCUAAAACAGAAACACGAGCAGAAGAUGCAAAAGCUGGUUAAGGCAGCUAAAGAAGGGACCAAAGAUGGGCUUGAGAAGACCAAAGCUGCUGUAAAAAAGGGACGUUCUUUCAUCAAAACCAAGUCGUUUUGUCACGAGAGGAAGUCAGCCUGUUUUGAGGAUGAAGAGUCUGAGCUUUUUAUCGAGGUGGACUGUUUUAAUGUUGAACCAGUUUUGAGUCCAGCUCCAGAGGGACUUUCACAGCAACAGCUUGUGAGACGAUGCAUACUGGGCUCCAUAUUGGAGAGUGAGAAGAACUAUCUUGACGCACUGAAGAGGAUAUUGGAGCAAUAUGAAAAGCCCCUGUCGCAGAUUGAACCAAGGCUGCUGAGUGACAGGAAACUAAAGAUGACCUUCUACCGUGUGCGAGAGAUCCUGCAGUGCCACUUCCUGUUCCAGAUCGCUCUAGCCAGCCGAGUGGCCGAGUGGGACAGCCUGGAGAUGAUCGGUGAUGUCUUUGUGGCAUCGUUCUCUAAGUCCAUGGUACUGGACGCCUACAGUGAGUAUGUGAACAACUUUAGCACCGCAAUGGCAGUGGUGAGGAAAACCUGCACCUCCAAACCUGGUUUCCUAGAAUUCCUCAAGCAUCGUCAGGAGACCAGCAGUGACCGCAUGACGCUGUAUGGCCUAAUGAUGAAACCCAUCCAGAGAUUCCCACAAUUCAUUUUGCUCCUCCAGGACAUGCUGAAGAACACACCAGUGGGUCAUGCAGACCGUCUGCCCCUGCAGAUGGCCUUGACUGAACUGGAGACACUGGCUGAGAAGCUCAAUGAGAAGAAGAGAGAAGCUGAUCAGCGCUGCGAGAUCCGUCACAUUGCAAAGGCUAUGAACGAACGCUACCUCAACAAGCUUCUGAGUAAUGGCAGCCGCUACCUGAUCCGCUCCGAUGACAUGGUGGAGACAGUCUACAAUGAGCGCGGUGAAAUCGUCAAAACCAAGGAGCGACGUCUCUUCCUACUAAAUGAUGUGCUCAUGUGUGCCACACCCAAUAUCCGAUGUCAGGAUGGCAGUGGGAGUGGCAGUGGUAGUGCCCAGCUUGACCAGAAGUUCCUGCUAAAGUGGAGUGUGCCUUUGAACUUCGUGGAAGUGCUGGAGUUUGGAUCCAGUGAAGAUAUGGCUGACAACAGUCGCUACCCAGCACCUCAUUCUGGGGAGAAGGUGGUCAUCAACGCUAAGCCAAACAAGUUAUACAUGGGUCCCGGACAGCUGUAUCAAGACCUGCAGAAUCUAAUCCACGAUCUCAGCCUGGUUAACCAGAUAUCCACCAUGAUCAGCAGUCUCAAAGGAAACUAUCAGAAUGUAAACCCCAUAGUGGCCCAGGACUGGGUAUCGGGACUGCAGAGGCUGAUUCUAAAGAAGGAAGAGGAGAUCCGGGCAGCAGACCGCUGUAGGAUCCAACUCCAGCUGCCAGGCAAACAAGACAAGAUGGGUAAACCCACUUACUUCAGCGCAGUGUUCAAUACUCUCAGCCCAGCGAUCAAACAGUCAUGGAUCAGUAACUUGCAAAUGGCCAAGUUGGCUCUAGAGGAGGACAACCUGCAGGGCUGGUUCUUUGCAGAGGAUGAUGGGAAUCAGAUCAAAAAACAGAAACACCCUCUUUUGCUUCGACAAAUGCCUGUGGUUAUGUCCAAACUACAAGAGUUCAAGGUGGAGUGUGCAGUUCAUAAUCCAGAGCCACACAUCAACACAGAGAGCACAGCAGAUACUCCUGUGGUCGGCCACGGAUGUGUUUGGGUUGCAAGUUGCACCAACCAGAUGGGGCAAAUAGCCAUUGUGGCCAUGCAGAGCUCCAGCCCUAAGGUUACAGAGUGUUUCAACGUGGAGUCUCGUAUCCUCUGCAUGGCCUAUGUUCCUGCAGAGCAAACCCUGGAAAACGGAGAGAAGGCUUCUGAGAACAGCCACAUGCCGCCAGGGAAAGCAAGCGAGACCCCCACUGUGUGUCUCGGCAUGGAGGAGGGCAGCAUCAUUGUGUAUAAGAGCAGCCAACGGUCCAAGAAAGUACGUCUGCAGCAUUUCUUUACCCCAGACAAAUCUACAGUCACCUGCCUGGUCUAUAAGAAACACUGUCUGUAUGUCGGCCUGGUCAGUGGCUCUGUGGCAGUCUACUCCAGAUCACAAGAUGGUCUGUGGAGUUCUGACAAGCCCAAGGUGCUAAAGCUAGGAGUCCUUCCUGUCAAGGCAGUGCUAGCUGUGGAGGAGCACCUCUGGGCCUCCUCAGGUGGACAGGUUUUCAUCAUCAGCACCCACACACAUUCUGUGGAGAGGCAGCUGGAGGCUCACCAGGAAGAGGGCAUGGUGGUGUCUCACAUGGUUGUAGCUGGUGUCGGCAUCUGGAUUGCCUUCAGUUCUGGUUCUACUCUGCGCCUCUUCCACACUGAGACCCUGGAGCACCUGCAGGACAUAAACAUCGCCACACCUGUCCAUAAUAUAUUGCCUGGGAACCAGAGAGUGUCGGUGAGCAGUCUGCUGGUCUGCCAUGGUCUGCUGUUGGUGGGGACCAACCUGGGGGUGACUGUGGCCCUCUCUGUCCCCAGACUGCAGGGUAUCCCCAAGGUCACAGGUCGGGGGAUGGUGUCCUUGCACGCUCACAGUGGAGCAGUGAAGUUCCUCACCAUGGCUGAUGCUGUAUGUAACCGGCCGUCUUACUCCGCCUCCUCCACGUCAUCAACAGUCCAGCCCACGGAGGCAGGAGACGGGGAGAGCGCUGCGCCCCCCUCAGACUCACCCCAGACCCCGUCUCAGGGUCGAGGCGUGUGGUUGGGAGAGGCCGGGUGCACCACCAUGGCUCUUCAGGACUCGUUGUCUUCCUCGUCCUGCGGCUCCCUGGCUCCUUCCCAGGGCUCCUUAGAGCACGGACCCGAGGAUGGGGCGCUUUAUGACAUGUUACAUGACCCAGCCCACCACCAGAGGGGCCGCAGAACCAGUAAAGUGGAUGUCAGCUCCCUGCUGGUGGUGUCUGGAGGCCUGGGCCACCGUCGAGUCAAUAAGAAAACCAAACCAUCACGCCAUGAGGACACCACGUCCACUAUCAUGAUCUGGCAGAUCCCCCUGCUUAACAUGUGACACAGAAAUGCCUUGGUUUAAAAGAAGCGCUGCUCACAGGUCUCACAAGGACAUCUGAUAAUACACUUUACUGAAUAUUUAGGAGUAAACAAAACGCCUUAUUAAAACCAGACCUGCUUCAAGAACUACACAGUAUUCCCACGAAAAUGGGGAAUUCUCUGUUUUAUACAAAGGAUGAGUAUAAGGACUCAAUCACAACAGUAUUUUAGCGACUGACUAAGAGUUUGUCUUUUCAUAUUUAGGAUAUAAAGUGCAUGUUUAAACAUUGGAAGGCAGUUUCACAUGUUUUUUGUAACACUGCUAAUACAUUCAAUUCCUCUUCUGUUUUUGUGCCAUACCAUUUGACAGUAUAGGAUUGCAGUAUUUAAAUCAGAACUUUGAGCUAUGAAACAUGAACUUGUCCUGUGUGAAAGAAUUAUAAUAGUAUGGCUGGGAAUCACUUACAUUUUUUUAAAAGCAAGAUUAGCAUUGGGUUUUGUCCAGAUUGUAGAUCAUCCUUUAGGAGUUGUAAAUAUGAAGAACGGCAACUAUGAUAAUGUUUUAUGAGGUCAGAAAAAAAGUUGUGCUUUUAUAUGGAAUCACAUUGUUUUACCACUGAACAAAUGAAGCCAGUCUAGUGCUCCGGAUGUUAACGCAAAAGGGAUAUUAGCUGAAAUAUUGAUGACUGAGUAGGUUUGGGAAAGCUUAAUGAGAGUUCCUGGCUGGCCGGGUUUAUGCUCAUAUUAAAGGGAUGAGAGAUGUUAGCAGAAAGAUGUGUGGUUUUGCCCUAAUGCAUCUUUGUUUGUCACAUAGGAUAUUUUUAAAAAAAGAUAAAGAGCUUUAUACUGUUGUCACACUUUGUAUGUAAUUACAUCUGAUAUGUAUAUUAACAAAUCCAUAAACUGUUUUAUUCAGCA